AGGGAUGUCAUGAAGACGCGUUUCUUCACGGCUUCUGCUGCGAUUCUCGUCCUUGUGUACAGGAACAAUGUUCUGGACUUUCUGCAUGAGAUAGAGGACACAUUUCUUCCUUUAGAUCCAAUCAACUACGACUUCCUCUUCGAUCUAGAGGAAACAGAAAGCGGAUUGAUCCCAAAAGGCACCAAUUCAGAGUACUCAAAUUGUUCGAGGCGACCAUUAGUCGGGAACGAAACGCUUGCUAAGGGAUGGAGCAAAGUAGUAUACGCAUUGGAUACAAGUGCAGUUGUCAAGUUUCCGAAUCUUGAAGGGAGAACAUAUCAUAAUUGCUUUCAUGCUAAUUUUGGGAAAGAGGACUGGGAAAUCCGUUGUCGUCUACAGUUGUUGCGUGGAUUUGUUAACGAGAUCAAGAUGCUUCUUCGAUUGCAAAAUGACCCAAAUGUUGUGAAAAUAAUCUCCUUUUGUAUCCCCAACCAUCCUUUGGAAAACCUCGAAAAUGUAAAUAUUGUGACUGAGAGAGGUACACCACUGGAUGUUCUGCACCUAUUGCAAUUGGAUAGUAUGCAAAGGGUACACCUCUUCCAAGAACUGCUGAGAUUCUUUGCAGACAACCCAGCGUUGAGGCUGCACGACUUCAGAAGACAGCAAAUUGUGAUGGUCGGCGGACAACCAAAGAUUGUUGACUUUGACGAGGCUUACGUUGGAGUGACAGACACUUAUUCUGAAAAGUAUUUCGUGGAGGUUAAGAACAAGCUUGCUUCUGAUCUACUUAUUCAGCCACAAGAUUCGGCUUAAGUGGUGAAUGACGUUGAGCCCAAUAUGUCAACAAUUCAAGCCUUCUAGCUGUUUGCAUUAUACGAGUAGAAAGUGUUCUCUUUGACCGAUUCGCAUUAUAAACAGAUUUAUUGAUAUGGGAUCUGAUUUCUUUC